GGACAGUUUUCCAUCACGUGCGGAAAAAUGGCUGGUCAACAGAGUAAAAUAUAUCUUGGCCUUCUAAAUGGUAUAGCUAAAAGACAGUACUAUGGAAACGAAGAAUUUACUGACGAUUUUUUAAAAAGUGAACUUUUUCCCGAAUCGUCUGAAGAUGAAUUUCAAUCAGUUCUUAGGAAGUUCAAAAAUCUAUUGAAGAGUUUAGUUUCAGCAGAUAUGGACUUUAACCAGCUUGAAGCAUUUCUAACAUCUCACAAGAAAAAGCGUGACGGGGGACUGACAGAAGAACAAGCAGCUGCCUUUACAAAGUUCUGGAAGAAUAACAAGACAAAAAUUCACGAAAGUGUAAUAUCACAGAGUUCUUGGAACAACACAUUAAAAAGUAUGAGUUGGAGAAUUGAUGUCAAAGGUCAAGCUAAAAAUAUUGAGCAGAUUAACACCCCUACAGCUAUUGUUGAAUUGCAGAUAACAAACACACAUGGAAAAAAAGAAGGGACAGAUAUUGUGCGAUUUGAAAUGGACGAAGAAAAACUUGGACAUGUUAUGCGAAGUUUAGAGGAAAUAGAGCAACAAAUUCAAUCGCAUGUAUCAUGAAAAUUCCAAUUUACCUGUGAACUGACAAGUGGACUUGUUUGUAAAUUCAUCAGUGAACUCACUUUUUAAGUUCAUUGAUGGACCUGGCAUAUCAACACAUUCUACUAUUCCAAAAAAAUCCACAUAAAUCUGUGAAGUCACCAGUGAAUUUGCCUAUAAAUUCCCCAGUAAUGUGAAUUCUUCUAUUAAGUCACUAGUUUCCUUUCCUGGAGCCUUGCCAUGAAUCUGCUUGAUUUUGUACAUUGUCUAUCAAUUUCAAACUUGCUAUCUAUAUUGUCAGUAAAGUCUAGAAUGGGUUGCCAUUGUGUGCCUGCGAGUUGCAUAAAUGAGAAGAAAGGCAAAUGUACAAAAAACAUAAAUGAUCUAAUAAAUUUCCACCAUCUAAUUAAGUUAUAAUUAAGUACACAUAUCAAUGCAUGGAUAAAGAUUUACAAAAUACAGGUACAAUUUCUUGUAAUACUAAAGUGAUAUUGAUAUGAAUCAAUAUUUUAUAUAAUGCUGUGUAGUGCAUUAAAAAAUAAGAUACAGUAUAUUCACUUUACCAUCAUUUCACUGGACAGAAACCAAGUUGGCUACAUUUCAAAGUAAAAACCAUUUCAAAUGGACCAAUAUCUCUUAAAUGUAGAAAAUAUUUCAUAAUUUUUACAUAUUUUUUGCAGAAAAUUAUUUAAAAUCAAAUUAAAUUUCAAUAAUUAUUGAGAGUAUAAAAAAUUCACCACAAUAUAAAUGAUUUAGGAAUUCGUAAACAUCUUUCAAUAUUUGGAAAUUGCAAAUCUUUUAAGCUUUUUAGUAUUAAUAAUGUAUUUCAUUGAAUUUCUUCCAUUAUAUAGUAUAUAUUAAACAAUAUACAGUAAUUAUUUCACCUACUUUUAUUCUGUUUUGUUAUUUUUUAUAUGAAAAUAUGUAAU